AUGGCGAUGCCACCCCCACCCGCUUCCAUUCCGGUCACCAUCAUCCUUUCCUCUACCUCUUCCUCCUUUCUUCUUUCGUUUGCUUGGUUCCUCUUCCGCGUUGGGUUGCUGCUCCUUUGGUGGGACUCUUCUCCCUCUCUUGAGCGCGCUCAUCCGCCGUUUCGCCCGCAUCACCCUCCGCUUCGUCGGCUCGCUCGAGGUUCUUCGCAACCUCGAUCUCAUUCGGUUAGCGAAGACUCGGUAAUCCCGCCCCGCCCCGUCCAGCCCAGCCUCGUUCGUGACGCAACGCCUGGCCCUGCCUUGACCGCCUCUCACGCUUCAGCUUGGCUCCAGCAUCGCCAACAUCGCUGCUCGACUCGUCUCAUUCGCAGACUAGGCUGCAUCGACGUCGACACCAAACCGCAGGACGCCUUCAUUGUGCUGCUCUCUUCUCACGGUCCUCACCAGCCUCCCCUUCCCUUUCUUGACCCCAUCGGCUUCCAUCGAUUUCUCGGGCAGCUAGACGACAACGUAUCGUAUCUAUCAUUUUCGGCUUCGCCUUCAUCUUCCUCCUCGUUCGAUCAAUCGCCCAAACACCCAUCUCGGUCGAGCUCUUCCGCCUGUACCGACCUUGGGAUCACAGGACCGCGUCGCAUCGCCUCCGGUCCGAUCAAAAGCGCUCAUCCAGGUUCUCUAGCCUCGGUGUGUGCACCUGCCUUCGCUGUAGGCAUGGCCUUUUACCCCGAUGCGCAGCCCGUCAUGGGCGCGUAUCACCAUGGCCCUGAAGCCGGCUUCGGCAUGGGCCUUUACCCUCAUCACGAUCCCCAACAAAGCGCCAACAUCCCCACCGUCUACCCUUUCGUAGAUGCUGCGGGCCAGACGCACAUCUACCACAGCCACUCGUACGCGCAUGGUUCCGCUGCGCCCGGCCAUCCGGAUCAUGGCGUCUGGCAAGCGCCUCAGGCUCCGCGACUCUCCGCCGCUGCCGCACGCGCUGGAAGGCAACCCACGUGGGGCUAUGCCGUCCCUGCCUACGCCCCUGCUCACGCUGCUACGGCGUGGUAUGCCCAGGCUCUUGCUCUUCCUCAUCCGUCUCAGCAGCCACGCACUCACCAACAGCUCGAGCACCAGCUGCUGGUCCAGCAUCACAUGGCCAAAGCGCACGAGCGUCAGAACGGUGCUCCUCUGUAUCCUUCCGCCUUUGCCCAAAACGGCUACCAGGGCCACCAUCACCAACAUCCUCCCCAAUAUUCACAUGCCCACCACUCCCAUCACUACCCAAACGAUCCCCACCACUCCCGCCUCCCCUCCAACCAGUACCAGCAACGAUAUCCGCACCACGCCCACGGUGUGGAUGCUUCCGCGGCUCACGACCGCUACGCGGACCGACGCCAGAGAGACAGCUGGAACACGGACGCUUACCAUCGCGAUGGCCGUGCCUCCGACUACGCGGGCCGCGACUGGUCCGACUGGCACAACACUGCUUCGUCGCACCGAGGCUCCGUCCCCCACCUCCCCCAUCCGGGCCAGGCGUAUGGCGACCAUGCCUACGGUCCUGCCGUGCACCGCAAUUCGGACGAUGCAUCGCUUGGAGCUCAACACGCCUGGCCGGCGCACCACGACGCUCACGGCGCCGCGCCUGCACACGGCUGGGAUCGCGCUCCGCACUAUGCUCGAUAUGCAUCGAGCAUGGCGCACGAAGCGUACCACCGAUCCGACGCUUCAAGCCGCGACUUUCCGAGCUUCGAAGGCGGUCAUCGAUUCUAUCCUUCGCAGCCGUUUGACCGCGAGGAACGUCCCCGUGAUGCGUUUGCCUCGUCGCGAUCGGGCGAUGCUCAUGCCUGGCAGCCCAGCAUGCGUGAGGAACCGCAGCAUUUCGCUCCGGACGAGACUCGAGGUCACGGCGAGGAGGGUCGAUGGCCUGGACAGACCCGCCAGACUCACGAUGUGGCGGCGCCGACCGCGGCCGCAGACCAGGAAGGCGUGCCCGCCGAGGGCGCAUCCGACGCGGCCGCUGGUCCUCCGCCCUCGUCGCCCGACUCUCUCGACAAGUCGGCGCUUCCCAUCGCAGCCAUCGGUGCCCAGCUGAUCUGGAAUGCCUGCACCGCCCUCUUCGACCCCGACCUGCUCGCCGAGGCCCACGAAACCUCGGACGAGGCUAUGGACGAGGAUGAUGAAGAGGUCAUGUCGCCCGAAGCAGAGUCCAUGCCUUCGUCGUCCUCGACGCCGUCGCUCAACACGCCCGACAUGUCGCCCUGGUCCUCGACUGUGCUCGAUCGUCCGGCGGAAGCGCCGUCCUCGGGCGACUGGAAUGCCUUUCGCUCGCCAUUUGGACCCGAUCGCAUGCCGCAGCUGCGCCCGCAAGCCCACUCCUUCACCUUCGGCAGUGAUGCCGCUUCGUCGCACGACGAUCUGCACCGCAUGGCCGUCGGUGCCGAGCGCGCUCGCUCGGCCUUGGCCAAGGAGGCUGCGUCCGCAAAACGCUCGCGUCAGGGCUCCGGUCACUCGGAUGCCCUCACCAGGCACAGCUCGGGCGCAAGCACCGCCAGCAGUUCCGAGCCUGGCACGCCCGCGUCGCUCGUCCUCGAAAGCCCAGCGUUGAGCUCCACCAUCUCGGCGCACUCGGUCGAGACGGCACGAAGCCCGCUUCACGUGGGUCUCGGCAUGUCCCUGGACCGUUCGCGUUCCGAGUCGGCGAUUCGCUCGCGCCGAAGCUCGUCCAAAGCCUCGACCAAGGCGCCUUGCUCAAAGUGGUCCGGCCGAAUGCGCGACAAUGUCGUCGCCGUCUUGCGCCUGGUCUCGCCCGACUGGCGCUGGAGCAACAAUGACCAUCUCUUCGUCUCUCUCAGUGAGUCGCUGUCGGCGGCGAGUGCAGAAGCGGCGAGCUCCCGAUCGCCCAACAGCCAGUCCCACGGCCGCCCAGGCCGAGACUCGGUAGCCAGCAUCGUCACCUCGUACGCCAACGAGCCGAGUCCUGCCUUCCGCAGGUUCGUGCACCAGGUCUUGGCGCAGACGUUGCUCUCGCCUACCGCCUUCCUGCUCGGCAUCCUGAAUGCGCUGCGACUGCUCAUCAUGGCGCAGCUGCCCGAUGGCUCGAUCGAUCCGGUGGUGCUUGGGCUUUUUGCCCAGCCUACGUCGGCGGCGCCGUUCAAGCUGUUCACGCUUGGCAUGAUGAUCGCCAACAAGCACCUCGACGACAACACGUUCCUCAACAAGACCUGGAACGAGGUCACGGGCAUUCCGCUCGCCGAGCUCAACCAGACCGAGGCGUGGUUCCUCAAGAAGUGCAACUACGAGGUGACGGUGCCGGACGAGACGUGGAUCGGUUUCCUGCAUCGUCUGCAGACGUGGGAGGAGAAGCGAUCGAGCCGGGGCAAACACCGUGACCACGAGUCGUCGCAACGUCUGUUGCUGGUGCUGGACGAGGCGCUCGGCUACUUUGAUGCGAUCCCCGCGUUGCGGCUCGAUGGCGACAUCACGCUGGACGCCGAGACGCCUCACAAGGCCAGAGCCGCAUCGCCCGUCGACAUGUGGGCCAAGUCGCACCACCGCGCCGCCUCGUUGGCCGUGCUCGAGGGAGGAGAGCAGCACUGCCGAUCGGCGCCGGCGGCAGCUACGUACACGUCGCAGAGGUCGCAAGCGCAGGAGCAGGGCCAGGGCCUGGCGCGCGCCUCGCACGUAUCGCGAGCGAGUCUGGCCAUGGAGAACCCGUCGGCAUUGCUGAUGCGCUCGAGCUCCGACUACCUCGGCACCGGCGGUGCGUUCAAGGAGAUGGACGGCGUCGACGGCGAGUCGGGCAAGCUGGCCAACGGCACCAUGUCUGGUCCGCUGAUGCCGUCGGCGCUGCUCGCCGGCUCUCGCUCGCUCUUCCAGCACAGCGGCGUCUUUGGCGCGCUCUCGACGUCCGGGUGGGCGCACCACUGA